AUGUUACGUUGCUUCUAUUCCAAUUGUGUAUUUUUUUUUUUCCUUAUAUGUUAUUUUGAGAAUUCACUAUACAUAUCUUCCGAACUUAUCACAAAUGCAAAGGACAUAACAUUGAAUCAAUCAAGUAUUUCAAUUUAUACACACAAGCAACCAUUACAGAAACAUUAUGAACCUAUGGAUAUUACCUUUUUUUCAAUGCAUAAAAAUAAAAACCAAUUGAAACAUUGCAAUGGAAUUCUCUGUAUCAACAAAAGAGCGAAACCAUUGAGUCAGCCUCAAACCCUUUUUACCGUUCAAAAUGGCAGUGAUAGGUCAAAACAUAGCAUGAACACAACUUUAUCAAGAAGCUUCCUAAACAAAACGCAUGGACCAGCUCGUCGUCUUUAUGUUAAAAAUCCUAACUAUGAAGAAUUUUACAUUGAUAUCUCUACGACGAAUGAUACUAUUUUUUCAGAAUUCCAAUUAGGAGAAAAAGAUUUGAAAAAACCUACACAACCAUCGUAUCUUUCUAAUGGUGGUUACAAAAUGACAAAAAACAAUUUGACCGAGUCUCCAACUGUAAAUUUACGGUCAAGCAAAAUUAACGAACCAUUAGAGCAUGAAAAAUGGGUUGAAUUGGAUGAAAAAACAUCACAAAAAUCGCUUAAAAAAAACAUGACACAAAAUCAGGUAUCACUGUCUACCGCAUUGCUUUCCGUAAAAAAUAAAGCGCCGCAUUCAAACAAAACAAGUACAAAACUAUCGAGAAAGACUCAAGCACAAAAUAUUAAAACACAACAAGAGGGGAAUUCAGCCAAUAACAUAGCAUUAACAACCAAGCUACAUCCUAGUACAGAAAGGGAAAAGCAACAUCUAGUGAAGAAUAAACAAAAUUCGUUGCCUAUUUUGAACCCGUCAAACAUCUCUCUUUUAAACAAAAGAACUUUCAAUUCGGUACUAAAGUCUGCCAAUAAUCCAGAAAAGUUGAGUAACGCUUUGCAUAACGAUAGUGUCCUUCAUCAAAAUUUUCCAUUAUUACAUGAGAUAUCAAACAUUAAAGACGAUCAAUCGCAGCCUAAUGAAAUGCAAAGUAGUAGACGUCAAAAUAAAAUGGGUCAAGAAAAAAACCAAGUUACUAAUGACAUUUCUACGCUUCCAACAAACAAUGAUCUGGAUAAGUUUAACAUUUUCUUGUCUGCCGACAAAUUUAAAAGUCUUUUUUAUAACUUUUUAAACAACAUGACACCCAUGGAUUUGGCAAGUUUGUUUUCCGGUUUACGUGAGAAAAAUGAAACAUUACAUGAGAAGCACACAGGAGAAACAAAAAAGAAAGGAAACAAUAGUUUAGAAUUCUUCGAAAAAAAUAAACGAGCUUCCACUUUAGUGUCGCCAAAGAAUACGACGUCUGCCGAAGGUUCAGCUAAAAAUGAAGCGCCUCUUAUUUCAGGUGAAAGGUAUGAGAUGAAUAUUUUGGAUGGUGGUUUUUUAGAUAAUAAUUUAUCUCAUCGAGAGAGAGAAGAUCCCAGUAGUGUUACGAACGACUCGGAAAAAUCUUUUUCAGGCAAUGAAACAUUAUAUGAUGAUAAUAAAAAAUUAAAAAAAGUAAUUAGAGAAGGGAAGAAGCCUAUAAAUAACGACAUCCCAAAAACAAGUCAGGCUAUAAAAAAUCAAAGUCGUGUCAACACUUCAAUUUUCCGAACUAUUAAAGAAAAUGCAAUAAAUAGUUCAAAAAGUGUUUUGUUGAAGAGUGAAACUCCACAAUCUCCACUGAAGGCUGAGGUAAAGAGUUUCAUUAUUGACACACCGGAAACGAGCACCAACAAAACUUUGGCUGAGACAUCCAAAGAUCAUGGUUUCCUUUAUGAAAAUAAUGUUUUAAGAUUUCCAUCCUCCACUUCGUUAUCAUCAGCGGAUGCGUGUUCUCUAGUAAUGUCGUUUGGAGGUUAUGACAAAAAACAUGUAUGCUGUUCUCAACGAAAUGGAAUUUGGUGGGAUGCCAAAGUUUGGUCCUGUGAUAGAACUCCCUCUCAUGAGGAUGUAGCAGUUGUUUUACAUCGUAUUGAACUUUUCAACGCUAAUUCAAAAAAUGUUCACAUCAUUUUAAACGGUCUCUAUAUUCUUACUACAAAAUCUCAACAAGGAUCGUUAAGCGGUGGAUUACCUUUAUGGGAAAUUUGUAAAACCCAUUUGAUGAGUUAUGCACAGAACCCUUCAUAUCAACCUCAAAUGUACCGUUACCCAUGGACAUUUUACAAUGAAUCGUUAAAUGAAGAAUUUCAUGAUUUUUUUCAAAAAACUCUUUCCAUUCAAGAAAUCUGCUUAGAAUUUUUAGGAUUGCACGCAACACAUUAUCGUCAAUCAGCCAAAAUUUAUCUUGUAGGGCAAUCGGUUUUCUGUCCUUCCACUCUAUCUUUACAUGAUAUUCAAACAAAUGCAGAAACGAGCUCUCGAGAGUUUUCUGUAAAAAGUCUACUACUUCAUCAAUGUAUCAAUCAAACAAAUAAUCAUAUCUCUUUAAGUCAAUCGUCAACAAUGUCCGAUAAAUCUCGACAUAAGAUAAAACAGCCUCCACAGUUAGUUGUAGGUGAACAUUCAGGUUUAUUACUUUUCACAAAUAUUUCUAUUAUAAUGGGGGAUAAAGGAGUUAUACAAAAUAGUGGGACGCUGCUUGUUGGUCCAAGUUUUGCUCGACAUUGUGACAUUGUUCCAAAAUCUUUAUUGAAUCCUGUAAAUCAAUGUGCCAUAUCUUCUUUAUUGAUUUUUGAAGGUGUUUCGCUUCUUGCGUACCGUCCCAUUCGAGUUGCACGAUUAGAAAUUAACAGUUUUCAAACUUCUCAUUUAAGUGAACAACGAAACCUACAACCUCAGGGAAAAUGGAUAGGUUCAAUUGGAUACCCUUCGUGGUUACCAUCUGCCGACCUUUCCGCUUUGAUAAUUCAUCAUGGAAUUCAGCAAUUAGAGCAAGUUGGAGACUAUACCUUUUUUUCUUUCAAACAAUUAUUUAUUCCGGGUCAGGCAAAAGAAACGAUCGUUACGUUCUGUGUGAAUAACGCACAGGAAACACAUGUUACAUCAAUCACAUUUUUUGUAGAUAUAGUUAUUUCUGGAAAUACACUUUAUCAAACCCAAUUAAUCUUCAAUAAUAUUAGUGUCAAGUUUUCUCGUUAUUUUGAGGAAACAUUACAAAUUUGGGGGGAUAUUUUAAUUAGUGCAGAGUCAGCAUCGAUUGAUCGAAAAGUAACUCAUGCAUCUUCUAUUCAAGUUAAGAAGCCACAUUUACAACACUCCCUUUUAAGGCUAAUGUGUACAUUUUUUUGUGAUCUUAACAAUAAAAUUUAUUAUGGUGCUCCUCAUGAAAGGGUGCAAGUUGUUUCGAGACUCUCUUAAAAAACAGACACAAUAU